CUCCCGCUGGCGGGGCCGCCCCGCCGCCGCCCGCGGUCGCUUUUCCGCUCCUGCCGCUGCCGCUCCACGGCGCGCCGAGCCGCGCCUUCCCCAGCGCGGCCCCCGCUUCACAGCUGCCGCGUGGCGCGGCUCCGCCGCCUCCUGCGACCACGGCCGUGCCGGCGUUGCCUUCCACGGCCGCGGCCGCGGCCCCGUUCCCGUUUCUGCGGCUCCGCCACCUCCCGCGCCCCCCCCGCCCGCCAUGUUGGCUCCCUUACGCUGCCCUAGUGCAGCAAACCACGCAUGCGCAGUUGCUACAACGCCGCACCAGCGAUAUCACUCCGCGCCGCCUCAUCCAACCACAGCGCCGCUUCCGGGAUCUGCCGCGCGCAUGCGCGGUUUUAUCUGCACGGCCCCGCCGCCCCCCCCCCCCCGCCGCUGCUUUCCCGCAGCUUUGGCGCAGCCUGGUCCCGGUUCCGAGCCGCUUCCGCCGCUGUCCGGCCACAGCCGGCAUCCCCGUGCCCGGGCACGCCGCUUCCGCCGCCACCGGGUCCGUACACGGCAGCACCGCAAGCGAAAACUGCCGCGCCUUGCGUGUAUCCUUCCGCGUCUCCGCCGCGGCCGGAGCUUGCCGCCCCCCCCCCGCCGCUGCUUUCCCGCAGUUUUGGCGCAGCCCGGUCCCGGUUCCGAGCCGCUUCCGCCGCUGUCCGGUCACAGCCGGCAGCCCCGUGCCCGGGCACGCCGCUUCCGCCGCCACCGGGUCCGUACACGGCAGCACAGCAAGCGAAAACUGCAGCGGCUUGCGUGUAUCCUUCCGCGUUUCUGCCGCUGCCGGAGCUUGAUGCGGCACGGCCGCAUCACCGAGAGAUCCCUCCGCAGGGGGUAGCACUGCACACCCGAUCCCUGCUGGAAUAUGACAGCUGAAUUAAUAAAUCCAGGACAGACAGUUCGAUUCCUGUGUUUGAAUGGAAUUUAUGCAUCAUUAAUGAGGUCUAUGAAUAUGCAACAGGUUAUUACUUUAAAGGGUUAAUCCUCUGUUAACGUGGGUUCCUUUUUCGGGCUCGUGCUGCCCAGAAAAAGGUACCCGGACUGUCCCUAACUCUUUGUAUUGA